AUGGAAGCUCUGGAACACAGGCUACAGUUGACGGAAAAUGCAUUGUUGAGGCUGCUCUCGCAAGUCUCAAACACCCAAUUGCUGGAGGCAUUUCCAAGUCACUCAUCAUCGGACAGAAGCCCGAGUGGAUAUGUACCUCUCGCGAGGAUUGAAAAGAAGGGGAUUGAAGACUGGGCACAAUUUCCACUUGACACAGCCGACAACAUUCGCAAGUGGCAGAGAUUCUACACCGACCAAGAUGCGGGUUGUCCCUCCCAGCAGGUCCUUGGAAACGAGAAUCCUUCUAUUCGCUCGGACCAUACGAGUGACCGGAAGCGAAAACAUAUGGCACUUGACGGACCUACAAAUGGGCCCUUUGAAGAGCAUGUCAAAGGAUCAUCAGAAUCUGAUUCUCCGCAUGAGCAUCAACCGUGGCCUUCGUCUCCAACUGCUCUUUACCGGGCGCAGGAGCGGCCAUACCUCCAUGUUGGCGUUCAUCAACAUCUAAAUAUCAAUGAAAGUGAGCACAAUGAGCCGGGGAUUGUUGAUACUGGAGCUCAUCCACCCAUGUGGGAAGAUAAAGCUGUUGCUACGCAGAUGGCCAGCUCCUGGGAUGGAGCACCUUCUCUCAAUUUCCAGCACAGGUUUCUCUGUGAUGGAAUCGACCAAGUGGGAGAGCCCCACAGCGUGGAGGGAUGGGGUGUCGUGAUCGUAGUCGGCGCUGGGCCCUCGGGUCUGAUUCUUGGGAUUUUACUCGCCAAACAGGGCAUUGAAGUUGAGCUUCUCGAUGCUGGUGCUGAACUUGACAAUCAACCUCGUGCGGCUCACUAUGCAACACCCGCAACAUACGAACUAGCACGAGCUGGAGUUCUUGAUGACGUGAGAGCUGUGGGCAUCCCAUGCAAGAGCUUUGCAUGGAGGAAAAUGGACACUACUUUCAUCGCUGGCAUGAAACAUGACGUGCUACCCGCAGAUUAUCCAUACAGCAUGGUUGUGCUUCCACUCGACCGAUUGGGAAAGAUCCUGUACGAGCAUAUCCAGAGACAACCUACAGCGACGGUCAAAUGGUCACAUCGGGUUGUACGUAUUGGCCAAGACCAAGGGAUGGCUUGGGUCGAUAUUGAAACAUCCAAAGGCACUGUGCGAUCUGAGGCAGACUAUGUUAUCGGCUGCGAUGGAGCUAGCAGCACCGUGCGGCGUGAGCUGUUCGGCCCAGAGUAUCCGGGGGAGACUUUGGAUGCACAGAUUAUUGCGACAAAUGUGUACUAUGAUUUCACCAAAUACGGAUACUGGGAUAGCAACUUCAUCGUCCACCCCAAGAAUUGGCACAUGGCAGCACGCAUCACCACGGACGGACUAUAUCGAGUAUCUUACGGUGAUGUCCCUGGACUCACUCGGGACGAAUACAUUGCACGCCAGCCACAACGAUACGAAGAGAUUCUUCCUGGAAAUCCCAAGCCCGGCGAUUAUACCAUCACCAACAUAAGCCCUUACAAGCUCCAACAGCGGUGUGCCCCCAGUUUCCGGGUGGGGAGGGUUAUCCUGGCAGCAGACGCAGCCCAUCUAUGCAAUCCUUUUGGAGGGCUUGGGCUGACAGGUGGAAUCGCCGACGUGGGCUGCCUCUACGAUUCAUUAAUCGGUAUGCAUAAGGGUCUAGCAGACGAGAGUAUCUUGGAUACGUAUAGUGAGGUUCGCAAGCGCAUCUGGAGCGAUACCAUUGAUCCCAUGUCCCGCGAGAACUUCCGCAGACUGCACGACCAAGAUCCAGAGAAAGCCCGUGACAAUGACGAGUUUUUCAAGAUCCUCAUCGAAGCGGAGUCAGAUACAGAAUUGGCGCAGGAACUGGCACUGGGACUGGAGGUCUUGCGACACGACAUGACGCAGUACUAUAAGAAACCAUCCGAAGAAGCUAAACUGUAG